AUGUCUGAGGCGAACUUGACACCUACUAUCGAGCGCAUCCGCCGAUUCGCGGCGCUGACCGGCGGAAAGGAUCUUGUCAUGGUGUUUUUGCUCUAUCCGGGCUACAGCACGAGCGAGGAGGUGUCAAACGAUGGCAUGGUGGCAUACGCAAGACUCCAAGCUGAGAUGAUGAACCAUACCGAGAUACCUUCAAUCCCGAUACUGCCCCUGCCGAAGCUGGACGGGCUUGCCAAUAUACUCAAGAGUCAUCAGAUUGCUUGGAGUACCCCACAAGCAACAAACAAGAAGCCAUCAAGAGCAACUCCAUUCGAUCUCCUCCGCCAGUGCAGCAACCAUCCACCCAUGAGCGAAGCUGCAGCAUUCCUGCUGACUGACCUCUUUUCGAAUCUACGCGAGAUCGCUGACGCGUGCACCAAUGCAUCGCCAGACUUCGCUUCAAGCUCACCAAUAGCUGGGAUGAAUGACAAAACUGGGACUAUACAAGCAAUGGAUGAGGCCUAUGAGAUGGACGGCACCUUCCCAGCAAACAAUACGCAAGCGACCGAUGAUGGUAGCGCUCAUGGCAAGCUGGAGUUCUUCCGCGAUCUACAAGGAGAUGCGCAGUAUCGCGAUUUAGUGGAAUUUUGGACUGUGGAGUAUCCUGUGUGA